GCGGCGGCAGCAGCAGCGUUAGGAGUAGCAGCGGCGGCGGCGGCGGCAACGGCGGAAGAUGGCCGAGUCCCCGGAAGAGGUGGCGGUGCUGGUGCAGCGGGUGGUGAAGGACAUCAACAACGCCUUCAAGCGCAACCCGCACAUAGAUGAAAUUGGAUUAAUUCCCUGUCCUGAAGCCAGAUAUAACCGGAGCCCAAUAGUCCUAGUGGAAAACAAACUUGGCGUAGAAAGCUGGUGUGUCAAGUUUCUUCUGCCAUAUGUCCACAACAAACUUCUUCACUAUAGGCAAAGGAAACAAUGGCUUAAUAAAGAAGAGUUGAUAGAUAUCACCUGCACGUUGCUGCUCUUGAACCCAGACUUCACUACUGCGUGGAAUGUAAGGAAAGAACUAAUAUUAUCUGGUACUUUAAACCCAGUUAAAGAUUUACAUCUUGGAAAAUUGGCACUAACUAAGUUUCCAAAAAGUCCAGAAACGUGGAUUCACAGACGAUGGGUGCUGCAACAACUAAUUCAGGAAAACUCCUUGCCCACUCUUGUGACUAAAGGGAAUUUGGAAAUAGCACCCACGGAAAGAGUACAGCGCUUAGUGAAAGAAGAAAUGGAUGUUUGCUGUGAAGCUGCUGGGAGAUAUCCAAGUAAUUAUAAUGCCUGGUCUCAUCGCAUCUGGGUUUUACAGAACUUGGCAAAGCUCAAUACCAAGAUUCUUCUUGAUGAACUUUCUUCCACUAAACAUUGGGUCUCCAUGCAUGUCUCAGACCAUAGUGGAUUCCACUAUCGUCAGUUUUUAUUAAAGUCAUUAAUUUGUAGAACCGGGACUGACUUUGGUGUGCAGUUGCACAAUCAGCUAGCCGAUCCGCAAGCACCCAGUGUUCCAAAAGAGGAAGAAAACACUGAUGCAGAAGCUGCCUGCGUGGAAGAACAGCAGUCAGAUCACCCGCUUCUUCUAAAGGAAGAAGUAGAGCUCUGUACGGAUUUGAUUAAUACUUUCCCAGGCCACGAAACCCUUUGGUGUCACAGACGGCAUGUAUUCUGGCUCCAGCACCACUUGAAGAACAAGUUUCCACUUCCAAGCCUCUGGUCAACAUCAGCAGACAGUAGGGAUGGGACGCUGAAUAACUUACAUCCUGAUGGUGCCCUUGGAUGUCAUGUGACUCAAGACAUGGAUGUUGAUGGCUUGAUUGAAGCCAACAAACAAAGCUACACUCAAGAAACUAAGCGGCUGAAGCGUGCGCCUAUGCAGGACUUUGUCACUCUAGAAUCAGAAUAUAGGUUCAUUGACCACAUUUUAGCAACGUGUCGAGAGGUAGAGCAGGCAAGGUUUGCUAGCUCGUACAGAAAAUGGUUGGUUUCUUUUCUAGGUCAAUGAAGGCAGAAAUGUAAAGGAAAAAAUUGCAGGGUCCCCUGUUUAGUGCAAUAUUCUCUUUCUUGCACAGGUGCACAUCUUGGCCCCUGGCACUUUUCCUCCCUUCAUUAUUUUUGUUGUCAAUGCUAAAUUUCAUUUUCCAGCAAUGGCUUAGUUUAACUUAAUUUGUAGAUGCACCCUGGUGUUAAGCGUUUAAAGAUUUUAGUAAAUUUAGUAUCUUUAGGGGGUAGCUUCCUAUCACACUGAAUUCUAACACAAACUAUAUACCAUUUCCCUCUUAAAUUAAGAUAAAUAGAAUAUUUAAAGUAGAUAAUGUAACAGGAAUGCCAGCAAAACGAAGUUUUGGGUCUACUGGUAGAAAAUGAAUUCAUUUCUUCGUUUCUCUCACAUUACAAGUGCACCUAAUCAAAGGCAUUGGCCAUUAAAGGCAAUGGAUACUCCUCCUCAAUAUCUGCAUAGGCAAGAGUCUGGCCAGAUUGGUUUUUAAAACUUGUCUUUUUGUUUUAUUAUUACAUUGCUUGUCUUGCACCAUUGUAAAUGAUUAGGAUGCCAUCAGCUAAUUGUUCAGUUCAUGUUUUUAAACGGCCCUAACAACCUUACAGUGCUAGGUUUAUAUUUUUAUUUUAGUGCCAGUUUGAAUAGUCUUGAAUUUUAUUGUGACAUUGUAUAGCAGUCAUGAGGAAAAUCCCUCUUCACUGUUAAUCUCCUUAUCUCUCACACACAUCUACUUAUAGCUGCUCCUACAUUUGCAGGUAUAUUUAUUAAAGUUUUUCCAUUCAUGUCACAUUUUUCUUUAUUUUCCAUUUAUUUAAGCCAUUGUCCAUGAUAUAUGUUUCAAAAUAUAUUACAGACACUACAGAGUUACCCAGAGCCUCCAAUCUGUAGUAAGGCAUAGAUAAAAACACUAGAAAUAUAGACGAUGAAAAGAAUUAAAGUGACUUCUGGACAUGUUUGUGCAUAUUUAAACAGUAACAACUUUUUUCAUCUGUAAUGCUUUGCUCUGAGAAGUACUAUUCCCUUCAAUCUCCUUGUCAUAACUUUUUCCUAUUAUUUACACAUCCAUCAAAAAUACACUGAGAUGGAGAGGUAAUUAAUUUUCUUGUUGUCAACCUGUUGUUGGUGUUUGUUUGUUUUUGUUAUUGCUGUGUUAACAGUACAGUGAAGUAUGAUUGAUCUGUGCUGUUAUUUCGUUAAUGCUGACCUACAUUUGAAAUUCCUAAAUUUUUGUAUGUACCAUGAUAAAAGUAUGCAUACAGCCUGCCACCAUAUCCUACCCCAGUGGCAAAACCUAAGGCUAAUGUGUCUAUGAACAAGGCUCCACAUUUAGUUUAGUUGAAGUAGUAGCUUUGUUAACUUCUGGUGGGAAUCUGUGCAUACUGAUGUCAGCAGGGAAGCUAUUGUGUGGCUGAAGAUUCAUCGCCUAAGGAUCUGUCAAGCAGUAUAGGGGAAAACUACUAAUUAUACAGCCACAGAGACUUCGAGAUUGAAAAGCCAUGUAUCAAAUUCUCCUGGCCUGAAAAAUAUAGCACACCGCUUUUUUUUUUUAAGUACUCAUUGUGAUGGGUUUCUCCCACAACUCAUGAGCUGCACAGAUUCUGAUGCCAAUGAUAUAUUUCCAAUCGCAAUUGUAUUUGUUUUCUUUGCAUGGAUAAAGCUAGAGAAGAAAGUCAUAAUACUACACAGAUGUGGACAGUAUGUGAAGACUGACUCCACAGCCUGGUGGUGUAGUGACAAAUUAAUGUACCAAAGAAAGAAGAGUCAUGUUACCUCUAGCUGGCCCAAAACCAGAGGUUUGAUGGAAAGAUAAGGAGAUAUAAAACAUCCCUAUCCACCAAGGUAUAGAGCAGUAUUCAUUUAAUAUUACCCCGGCCAAAGCUUCUGUUGGAAUGUGUCUCUUGUAGUGUUCACUUCCCAAAAGGUGUGAAGCUUCAAAUGUUUGUUAUUUUAAUGGCUACUGUAAUUUUCCUAGCAAUGUACAUAUCACUUGCCAGUGCAGUCUGUCUAUGUCACAGUGCCAUCUUAGAGACCUCUUUACUUAAAAUGCAAUCUGCUCAGCAUUGAGGUUGGUGCAUCCACUACUCAUGGCACAAGAAUCAACUCACGAUCUUUAAAUAAGUAGAGGAUAUGCAAUGGCAGCCAGUGGAUGGGCAAUAGUAGCUCCAUUUUUACCUCAUAUUUUCCUGUUGUUUGAUUUUACCCACAUAGAUAUAUGUGGAGGUGAAACCUGGAUGCAGUAAACAAAGUGGGCUGACAAUUUCCUCUUUGCCUGAGCUGGAUUGAUUUUAUGAAGGCUUUCAAAGAAAAUAGCAAAACGUGACUUGAAAUCCAUGCUUCCUUUCUUUUUGAUUUUUAAGCUGAAGUCACAGAUAGGUUCCCUUGAGCUAUAUAUAAAUAGAUAUAACCCUGCUUAUUAAAUGUGACAGUUCUUGCAUUAUGGUAAAUAUAAGGUUGAACUCUACCCUCAAAUAUACAUCUGUACCUCCCACUGAUGACAACAGGGAUUGUGUAUUCUGGAAGGGAGACUGAUCUCCGAGUCUUGAAAUUAAAUAGCGAAAUAGCUCUGGAUGUUUCACUUGCCUUUGUUAUUUGUGAAAUAUAAGGAAGGGUCUUAAAGGCUUUAAAAGGAUAUAAACAAAACUGGGAUGGCUGGCUUCUUACAAUCUUUUUAAGAUUCAUGCAGAUUAGUGAUUAAUGUUCCCAAGAAAACAAACAAAAAACCCAAAAGAAAUGAAAUCGUCUCCUGUCUUCUGGUGCCGAAAUGUUAGUGUUUGUGGCCUAAAAGAAACAAAAGUACCAUUCCAAAGCAAAAUAAGAAUUAGAUUUACAAACACAUUUUAUAGGAAAGAAAAGGUAACGUCUAUUUUAAAAUCUAAUGAACUGUUCAGACAAGCGAAGCAAGUGUUUUAAGAUUCAUCUUGGUUGCCAUAUUUUAAAAGCUAUGCAAUCUCUACCAAGUAAUCUCUUUUCUAAUGUGAAAGUUUAUGGUAUUGGAUAACUGAGAGUUUAUGAGUUGUGAACACUUAGCUUUAAUUUGAUUGAUUUCUUUGAAGUCCAGUAAGAAGGCUGGGCAUAUAAGAAGUCACAUUUCUUGAGUUGUGCCUUUGGGCAUUACUGAUUACCAUACAUUAAAAGUCACCUAGUGCAGCUCUGCAGUACUAAGUAGCAGCGUAUUGAGCCUUUAGCAUGUCAGAGGUGAAGAUAUUCAAACUUAAUAAUUGAACCAGGCCAUUAUUGGAGAACAGCUGACUGCUCAUUCAUCAGGAAGCACAUGUUCACUCUCAUAGUCCUUUGAAUUUUCCCAUACUAUAUUGAAACACAGAUACCGUGUGUGUGUGGUGUUGUGUUGUGUUGUGAAAAUUCAGGGAGGUGUUGGGUCUCCCCUUUUCGCACUCUGCUGUCUGAACAAAUACACACACACACAUACACACACCUGUAUACUUGACAGUGUUUUAUGAUGGCAUCCUUUCAAGCAAAUAGGAAUUGCAGAUGCAUUUGGGUAUCAUAUACCUUUCAACAUUGAGAAACCCAUUUAAGAGAAUUCAACAAUGAAGUCAACUAUGAUUAAACAACCAUUAAAUACUGCAUAGUGUUAGCUACAGCAGUCUGUACAUAACUGACAACUGUUGAAUCAUUAAUCGACUCUUCAUCUCACAUAGAGACAAAACUGGCUGAAUGUACAAGACAACUCCUGCAACCCAAUUACUUAGUACAUAACUGUAAAAGCCGUUUACUUGAGGUUUUAAUAUAAUAUUAAGGCUUUCCAUGGUGGUAUUUGCACUGUGGUGAAGCCUAUAUUAAACCCUGUUCAUGGUUUUCUCUUUGUUUUGUUUCUAAUUCUGCAUUCUAUGUGGUUGUGUUUUGCUGGGAGGCAAAUAUGUUUGACUUUAUCAAAAGAAAUGUGUGUUUGAGUGACUUACCCACUCCUUAGAUGAGCUUUCCUGGUAAGAGUUCUUACAGUAUAAGGAAGACUUACUAUAAUGUUGCUUUUGGAAAUAUCCCUUCUCUUCAACCACCAUCCUCGCCAAUGUUUGAGGAUACUGUGAAGCAGAUCCUCAGUACAGUACGACCCUGUAUCCAAAGAUCCCUUGUGGAUCUGCGAUUUCAAUGUUUCCAAUUCUAGCACUAGACGACAUUCAGAUUCCUCUUUCAGCUUCAGGGCUUCUUGCAAGGCAUAUCUCUCUGCUAAAUAACCACCUUGGGGUAAUAGCGAGCCCUCUAUUUUGACUAAAGUGGGGCAGAAGGCAUACUGUAGAAUAUUAUCGGAGGACCUAGAGAGGCCCACAAAUAUUUGGGGGAGGUGUGUUCUUUGAAGCAUGGGCAAUUGUAACCAUGGCUAUCAAAUACAUGGAUAAAGGGGUCGUACUGUAUUCUUUGAUAAGGGGUAGCAAGUGGCAGGCAAGGUGAGUAGAGUAGAUAAUUCACUAAGGCUGUCAUCAGCUGGAUCUGCUUUACCCGGUACUUUUUAGAGUUGUUCUCCCUUUGCUUUAUGUAAGCUUGGGGUGGUAGACUGCAAAUCUUUUCACGUUAGAAAACAGUAGUCUGGAGUGAGGGGUGGUGAUUUGGAUUUUAGUUCAGUCCAAAUAAAAGUAGCCAGUGCCUGUAGGAGUCAUUUAUGUGUGUUACAGCAAUUGGCAGAAUGCUUAUUCUUUAUUGUCAAAUUAAUUUUUAAAAGAUGUUUUCUUUUAAUAUGGAACACCUGAAUAAUAGACAUUUGAAUAAUCUACAUAUUUUGGAUUAUUAGUUGCAUGGUUGGCUUUUUGUAGCACUUAUAUUUAAGAGGAAGCCAUAGUGGUAUUGUGAUUAUUGUUUCACUCUUAUACCUCAAUUUUUUUCUAUCUUUAACUUUUUUUACUCUUGCUGACACUCUCAGUAAUGGUACCGUAUGAUUAUAAUAUUAACUGUAUAAUAUGGUCAACUCUUAUGGUCCACUCUUUUUGAAAUAAUGCCGUUUAUAACUGCUGUAAGUGAAUGAAGUUGGCCACUAGUAUCAGGGAAUAGCAACUAGUGUAGCCAAAUCUAAUAAGUACAUUUUAAAUAUGGUUUCUGUGAUUCCCGAUGAGAAUUUUGUCAUUUUCAGAUAACAAAAAUGUUCUUUCUACCCCAUUUCCAAACUGUAAUGCUUUUCGUAGAAUACACAAGUGAACCUGAGUUUUAGCAUUAUCUUUUGUAAUGCUGGAAAUUAGCUGUCCGCUUAUAUUUGCUCUAGACAUCUCAAGCUCAACCAAGUGAAAGAUUGAUGUGACUUUUGAAAGCACCUUGGACAUAUUCUUCUCCACUGACAACUAUUCUGUGAAAAAUUAAAUACUUUUGAUAUUAAACGCAACAUGUGGAGAAUGGGGAGAUCCCUGUUUUGAAGCAUGUUUUAAAUGCAGCCAUUGGUGUAAGACAAAUCCAAGGCACAUUGAUGGGCAUUUUUCUCUUUGUGUCAUGUGCUUUAUGUGUAGUGUUCUAAAUAGUUUUCUCUCUGAAGAGUGUAGUUCUCAAAACUGAGGUGGCUUCAGGCAAACCCUCUUGUAUGAGCCUUAAACUAGGGUGUUUGGAGAGCAAGAACUGCAUCAAUUUAGGCCAUUCAUUUUCUUAAAUAGUUUUUGUUUUUUGUCAAAUUUGAUAGCUUUCCAGUUCUAGGACUUCAUUCUGUCAUUUCCGCAAACUAAGCGCUGUACUAUUGUCAGAUGAAGGAGAUAGGCACACGCAUUGUUCUUUCAAUAUAUAUCAAGGUCAUAGGAGGAUAUUCUGACUCCUCCCUUUGACUCCUAGUUUGUAAUGCUAAUUUACUCAGGGCAUAGAUUCACUCUAGUGCAUUAGAUUUUUUUUAAAAAGAAAAACUACUAUAGAGUCUAUGGUGUUUAAGUAUUUAAUAUGCUGAGCGCAUAAUAGUGGUGUCUUUAGCCAUCUAGCCAAUGUUAUAACUGACUAACAGCUUUUAAAAAAUCUUGCCUUUUCUGCUAUUUUUGCAUACCUACAAGUUGUUUUGUAUCUUAAAAUAAUUGCGGGCUUCAUAUUGUAGGUUCAACUAACUAACCUCUUUGCAGGUAAGAGGAAUUAGAAAUUAUGUCAUAUUUAAUAGCAUGAAUUCAUAAAGUCUGCUGCUGCUCUAGUUGACAAAUAAUAGCACCUAAACUGCAACAGCUUUCCAGGUAACAAAAAUCAUGCGUAGGUUGAUUUGGAACAGAAAAAGAUGCAUUUAUCUUCUAAAUGAAAUGAUAGUCUGUAAUUCAUGCAAUCAUUCCUGUUUGGGACAUGUUUAUUAAUAUGACAUGGCCCACCAAAAUUAAUAAACAUACAGCAGUCUUAUGUAUGUUUGUUCUGAAGUAAGUGGCAUUGAGUUUGGUGGGCUUACUCCCAAGCGAGUGUGCAUAGAAUUUUAGUUUAGGCCCUGCCAUUUAAGGCAUGUUAUUAUCUUGCUCUCUGAUAAUAGGACUUUAACUGAGAAAUUAGAUUGUAGCCCAGAAUAAUAGUUAAGUGUGUCCAAAUGACAACUAUAAUUCAUAGAUCGAAUGAUAAUAUUGUGAUGACAUAAGAAUUGCUUAAAACUGGCUGUAACAAAUACCAAAAUGUGUCAAGGUGCAUGGCAACAGCACUUGGUGGAUUGUAGGCAUAUACAUAUUUAACUAUGGCCAAGUACCCUUAUAUAUACUUAGAUUGAUAUGUGAUUUGAUAUAAGCAGAAACAAAAUGAAGAUUACAUAAGUGAUGUUGACAGUUAUUUCUCCAAAGCAUGUUCAUACAUGAUGUUCUAAUUUUUGUUCUCAUGCUUUCUUUGGCUCUUUCCACACAACUGAAUAAAAUCCCACAUUUUCUGCUUUGAACUGGAAUAUAUGGCAGUGUGGGCUCAGAUAACCCAGUACAAAGCAAAUAUUGUGGGAUUUUCUGCCUUGAUAUUCUGGGUUAUAUGGCUAUGUGGAAGGGCCCUUUGUGGGGGCAAGGGCACCUGUUUCUUGUCAAAGUGAUAAAUCCAGUAUUCUGCAAACAUUUCUUCCUCUCCAAUAUUCUGUGCAAUUCUAAAAGUUGCUCUGGAUGGUUUCCAUCCAGUUUGGGCAACACACAGGAGACUAGAAUACAGAGGGCCUUUUCCCAGAUCAAUUAGAAUUUGUCUACCAUUGUUUCUAACCAGAUUGUUCAUUGCUUACAUAUGCUAUUUUUUACCCCAGGAGUGCAAUUAUUUCAGUGUUGCACUAGGCCUCUAGGUGUUCAAAUCCCCACUUGGCCAUGGAAACCCACUGGGUAACAUGGGGCAGAUCAUAUUCUCUUAGUCUCCUUCCACACAGCUGAAUAAAAUCUCACAUUAUCUGCUUUGAACUAGAAUAUAUGGCAGUGUGGACUCAGAUAACCCAGUUCAAAGCAGAUACUGUAGGAUUUUCUGCCUUGAUAUUCUGGGUUAUAUGGCUGUGUGGAAGGGCCCUUAACCUUAUAGGAUGAUUAGGACAAACCUCCUGUGAGCAGAUAGUUCCAGGUAAACCCUGUCAUAGGUUGGCCUUAGGGCCGACAUAAGUCAGAAAUGACUUGAAAGGCACUCUACAUCACAUGAAAAUAUACUAAGGACAAUUCGUUCUUAUGGUGGGGACCAAUUCAUAUGAUAAUACUUUUUUUCUUGCUUAUCAUUACACUGCAAUAGUGAUUGGGCAAUUGGGAUAGUUCAGUAAGAACAGAAUCUGCCAUUUUUGCAAAAUAGUCAUCACUUGUAAUAGGACGCACAAUUGCAGCUUCUGUUACUGACUGUCAGCUCUUACUGUGUGUAGUGCAAUUGGGGAAAUGAAAGAAGCACUUGAUUAUAUGCCGCUCUCAACCCCUCAUCACCCCGCUCUCUCUCUUUCCCUCCCUGUCUGUCUGUUGGGUUUUUGUUUUUGUUUUUGUUUACUAUGGAAUGUCUUGUUUGGAAUAAUUGUUGAAGAGCUAUCAGUUUUUUUUCUUUUUCACAGAAUUACACCAUUCACUACUUUAAAAAUGACCAGGAAUUGUGUGUCCUUUAAAAUAUAUGAGUUACAAACAUCUUCUCUGUAACUUGGAGACUGCCUAUAUACCAGUUACAUUCAGUUCCACAAUCCUGCCCCCAUCUGAACUGGUGACUGUUUGCUUGGAGAAACAAUGGGUGAAUAUGGGAAACUGCUUCAUAGGAGGAUCUGUUACUCAUGCAAAAAUACCAUAGAGUUGCCACUCAUCUCAAUAUUAAAUGGAAUGCUAUGUAAGGGGUAGAGUCAAUAAUGCUAUACAUACCUAAAUGCUGUUUUUAUGCUACUGUGUUGUUGAGCACAAAUGGUUCACAUGGAUACAUAGCUAAAUAAUAAACAGUCUGCUUUUCUACAGAUUUUGAAGUGCUUUUAUUUUGCCGUAUUCGAAAUCCAAGGUACAGAAUUGGUUGCAAUAAAAUGCUUUCUUUCACACCAGCUCUCUCACUGUUUUAUAUUGCUGCUAUGGUUUAAAUUUAAUGUAGCUACAUAAAGCCCUUCUGUAACUGUACUGUAAAACUAAGUAGGAAUACAUAUUCUCUUCCAUUCCUUCUCAGUUAAUCCUACUCCUUUGGUAUUGGUAAAACAAUCAUUCUGAUGCCAAGCCUUGUGAUUUUAUUAAAUGCUCUUCUGUGUGUGUCUGGAGAGAAGUGGAAACUAUCCUACUUAAAAUGUUGACAUAGUUUUUUGCCAUCAGAGAAGUGGACAAUAACUAACAGUAUCCAAGUCCUGCCCACAAAAUUGCACUUUGGUUCUUUCUCAAAUAUUUUGUACUCGUAAUAGAUUCUUUCUUACCUAAUGCAAGUAAUAUACAAUUGCAUUACAGACUGGUUCUGGAGUUCUCUCCAUCCCUAUGCAGAUGUCUUCCAGAUUUAACAGGUAAAAUUGCAAUGGUGAUGUAACAGCAAACAACAAAAUGAAUUUUCCACUUAUUUAUCAGUACAUCUGGGGUUUUGUGUGUGUGUUUAUAUAUAAUGUUCUAGUGACAGAAUAUACUAAGCACAGUGAUAAGUUAUUGUUUAUGUAUAAAAUGGAAAAUAGUGUACUUUUUUGGCUAAAUGUUGGCAGUUUUUAAAUAAAAUUUCUUCUCCUAAAA